CAUAAACUUUUCGCUCUCCUAAAAAAUAUUCUGGUGUGUGUUUCACACAUUGAAGUUGUACACUACAGCAUUAGUUACAAAAUAUAUUUCCAACAUAUUUACAUGAAUACUUUAAUUACAGAUGCAUCCUCAAGCAUGGCUCCUAGAAUGCUGACUGUUUCUGAUGACGAGAUGGUUCCACAAGGUGGGGACAUUCGAUUAGUUUGCUGUGCCGUCGGAAGUCCACCUCCCACAUACAGCUGGUUUCGACAUUCGAACGGUCGCCUGAGCCCUGUCUCCAACAGCAUCAGGAUCUCGGUGUCGGAACAAGUGCUGAUCAUCCGACGGGCUCAGCUGUCUGACGGUGGCGUCUGGACAUGCAGAGCGCACAACCAGUUCGGUGAACAGAGGAGGGACGCGCGGCUGCGGGUGCGGUCGCGGCUGGUCGUCAGUGUGCAGCCGCAGCUGCAGGUUGCAAACUCCGGUAGCUCGGUGACGUUCAACUGCUCAGUGGAAGGUGGUGACGCUCGCGUGCGCUGGCUGCACGACGGCGUGCCGGUGGGCGGCGGCGAGCGCGUGCUGCGCGUGCAUGGUGUGGUGCGCGCUCACAGGGGCAUGUACCAGUGUUUCGCUGAACGAGACCUGGAUAGCGCACAAGCGGCUGCAGAACUCAGGCUGGGAGAUACGGCACCUGAGCUCCACUACACUUUCAUCGAGCAGGCGCUGCACCCGGGCCCGGCGCUGGCGCUGCACUGCGCGGCCUCCGGCAGCCCGCCGCCACGGUUCACAUGGCUUUUAGAUGGACAGCCUGUCGAAGAGCAUAAUACGCCACAAAGGAGUAUCACUCAGUUUAUGAACACUAAUGGUGACGUGGUGAGCUACCUCAACCUGACUUCGGUGAGGCCUGAGGACGGCGGCCGCUACACCUGCAGGGCGCACAACUCCAGAGGCGCUGUCGAACAUUCUACAAGGCUUAAUGUAUACGGACCGCCAUCGUUGCGCAGCAUCGGUCCGAUCCGCGUAGUGGCGGGAGUAAACACCACCAUCUACUGUCCAUACUCCGGAUUUCCAAUCAGUGAUAUUCGAUGGCAGCGCGGUGGUCUGGACGUGAGCUCGACGGGGGGCCGCGCUCUCUCAGGAGUGGGGGGCGAGCUGCUCCUGUGGCCCGCUGAGCCGGCUGAUGCAGGAGUGUACUCAUGCAGGGUCACAUCGCCUUCCGGACAAUACGCACAGAAGGACAUCCAGAUAUUUGUUCGAAAUCCACCAAAAAUAGCAGGAUUUACGUUUCCGACGGAUCUCGUUGAAGGCAGUUCCAUUCAGGUGUUGUGUGGAAUCACAUCUGGUGACAAACCAGUCUACUUCUCGUGGCUCAAGGACAGUCAGCAUAUUCCGUCUAGCCUACAGGUGCAAGAAAAAUCCUUGGACGAGUUCAGUUUUUUAAUAUUCUCUCACGUUACGUCAAAACAUAGUGGAGACUAUACAUGUGUGGCCAGUAACUCUGCAGCUGAAGUCAACCAUACGGCUAGACUAGCUGUUAAAGUUGCACCGUCGUGGCUGUAUGAACCUCAAGACGUGUCAGCUUUAUUGGGCACUCAAAUUUUGGUCCAUUGCGCUACAAAAGGAUACCCUGAACCAAGGGUCACUUGGCUAAAAGGUCAUGGUGAGUUAAACAUAACACAUAAUACGAAUCAAAAUAUGAUCAAAAGGUCCGGUGUCAGUGAUUUCCGGCCUGUAUCGAACCUUGACCUCCAAUUCUCGAUGCUGCCCAACGGGUCCCUGAGCAUAGCCCCGGCAGCUCAUCAUCACGAAGGCCAGUACAUGUGUCGAUCUGAAAAUGGAAUUGGGAGAGGCUUGUCUAAGAUCAUUGCCGUUUCUGUCAAUGGUAGGUCUCAUUUCGAAUUUUCAUCUCGCAACAUGACGGUGAAGCGAACUGCGCAGGCGACGUUGCAGUGUGACGCGCGAGGAGACCCGCCCAUACAGCUUCAGUGGACGCAUAACAUGAAGAGAGUCGACCUUACUACGUACCGGGUUUCAGUAUCAGAGAAGAGGUCGGAAAGUGGUGUUAGCUCGCAGCUGAGCAUAGCGCACGCCGAGCGCCACGACUCUGGAGUGUACCGGUGUCGGGCCGAAAACGCGUAUGGCAGAGACGAGCUACUUAUUUAUCUUGCUGUCCAAGAGUUCCCCGAGGCGCCGCUGGGGCUGUCGGUGUGGCGGCGCGGGGCGCGCGGCGCGGCGCUGUGCUGGCGGCGCGGCUACGACGGCAACGCGCGCGUGCGCCUGUACCGCCUGCAGUACCGCGUCGUGGGGGACGCGCGCCCCGCCGCGCCCGACUGGCGGGACGCGCCCACCAGGGACGUGCCCGCUGAUAGGGUCAUAGAAAGACAGAAUCCAGAUUCGGAUUCUGGUGAAGUAACCCUGGAAUACCAAGUGGAAGGUCUCCGACCAGCGACGGCAUAUGCUUUGAGGCUCGCGGCGGUUAACGCUAUAGGAGACAGUGACUACUCUGACCCAGUUAUUGUACAGACAUUAGAAGAAGCUCCAUCCGAACCACCACACAAUGUGCAAGUACAGGCGAAUGCGCCUGGCGAGUUGCUCGUUAAAUGGCAGGUAAAAUUUAUAAAAAAAUGUCUUGGCCUUCCCUUACAUUGA